GAUGUCUGGAGGAGCCGAGGACGAGAAGGAGAGCGAUCACCUCAUCAUUAAGAGACAGCUGCGGUCCAAGACCUGCAGGAAGUGACGUCAUCAUCACGGGACAGUACUCCGCUGUAAGAGCCGGUUUUCAGGCGGCAUUAAAACGUCUCCGACACUUUGAGAAUAAAACUUUUCUCUUCAGCGCAUCUGAAGAAGAGUUUGAUUUUAAUCCGUGUACAGUUUGAUUUUUAGUUUGUGUUGUUUUUUUAUAGCUGGGGUCAAUAAAGAGCUGAGACGAUGUUUUCACUUCCUGAAGAAUAAAACUGAUUCCCAGCUUCUGUCUGAC